AUGAGGGGCCUCUGUGGAGCUGCUGAGCACCUCGUCAGGACUGGGUGGAGGUUCUGGCAAUUGGGGAUCCGCAAGGCCCUUGACCCACUGCAGGCUGCCUGGGAUGCCUUCUCCCAGUCUGUCCCAGCCAGCUGUGGCCAGCUGCUGACCCAGCUCCUCCUCUGUGCUUGCCUGGCUGUUGCUGCCGCAGAACUGGUUUGUCAUCGGCUGGUCUCUUCGUGGCUUUAUCCUUCAGGACCCUCGGGCAUCAUAGCCACUGUGUGUGGACUUCUGGUCUUCCUGGGCCUGGGCCUGGUACCCCCGGUCCGCUGCCUGUUCGCGCUCAGUGUGCCCACCCUGGGCACGGAACAGGGACGCCGGCUGCUCCUGUCCUACAGUACUGCCACCCUGGCCGUUGCCGUGGUGCCAAACGUCUUGGCCAACAUGGGUGCAGCUGGACAGGUGCUUAGGUGCGUCACCGAGGGCUCCCUGGACAGCCUGCUCAACACCACUCACCAGCUGCGCAAUGCGUCCACAGCACUGGGCCCCACCAGCCGAUCGGGCAGCCGGGGCCUGACAUUUGAGAGCCAGGGAAAUGGCUCUGCCUUCCGGCUUCACAUGCUCAGGGUCACUCAGGGGGUCCUGGAGGACUUCUCUGCCUUGGAGUCCCUGGCCCAGGCAGCAGCACUGGGGACUCAGCGGGUGGUCACGGGGAUGUUCAUGCUGGGCCUCCUGGUGGAAUCUGCCUGGUACCUCCACCGCUACCUGACUGACCUGCGGUUUGACAACAUCUAUGAGACACCACAGCUGACCCGGCAACUGGCCCAGGCCCAGGCCACCCACCUAGUGGCUCCUCCACCCCCGUGGCUGCUCGGAAUAGCCCGGCCCAAGCUGUCCCGGGAGGAGCUGCUGCACUGUCUCCUGAGGCUGGGGCUUCUCUCCCUGCUCCUGGUGGCCACAGCUGUGGCAGUGGCCACAGACCACAUGGCCUUCCUGCUGGCACAGGCGGCAGUGGAUUGGGCUCAGAAGUUGCCAGUUGUGCCUGUCACGCUUAUGGUUAAGUAUGAUGCGGCCUACAGCGUCCUGGACUUCGUCCCCUUCCUCCUCAACCGGCCCCCCGCCCGGAGCCCCUUCCUCUCCGCCCGCCACUGCUUCCGGUGGGACCUGCGCUUCACCUCGGCGGGCUGCCGGCUGCUGCCCGCCCAGCGCCCCCAGGACGCCGCCGCGCUGGCCGCCGCGAGCCUGCAGCUGCUGGCCGGCUCCACGGUGCUGCUGGAGACCUACGCCCGGCGCCUGCGGCACGCCAUCGCCGCCGCCUUCUUCCCUGCGCAGGAGGCGAGGAGAAUCCGCCACCUGCGCGCCCGGCUCCAGAGGAGGUACGACCGGCACCGGGGCCAGCGGCUGCCCCCGGGGCCUGCUCCCUCUCCCGACCUCACGGACCGCACAGAGGCACGGGGCAGAGGAGCAGGAGGCCGCGGGUAGCCGGACUUGAGCUGCUACCUGGCCCUCGGGCUGCCUCCCUGGGUGACCUGGGCUGGACACUUGCCUCUCUGAGCCUCAGUUUCCACGUCUAUAAUGACAGUUGUUGUGACCUACUUUCCACGCGAGAAUGUGCAAGGAGAUAUUGAGCGUGAAAGGCAACUAGCAAGGGCUGUGCGCCGGUCAGACAAGGAAGCAGGAGGUGGCCCUUCCAGCCUCGAGGUGGUCCGGGGCCUCUCGCGCACCCCCUGCUCCACCUGUUGGAGGGAGGCCUUGCAUCAGGAAUUGAUCCAAAUGCUCCAGGGACGACUUAUUUAUAAGCCUCUGGCCCCUCUGGACUUAUUUAUAGUAACCUAAUAUUUUGUUUUUAUAAAUGAAUGUGUUUAUUAAAUCUUAGAUUAAAUGUUAUUCCUCUGCUUCCCCAGGAGCCUCCCAGCAGGAUUGCCAGGUUCA